AUGAAUAUCAAAUCAAUCUCUUCACCUCUUUCGGUUACAAUAUUAGUUCUAUUAACCAUCCUUCCAUUUUUUUCGACCGCGAGUGAAGAAAUCACGUUCGAUCUCAUCCACCGUGACUCUCCACUCUCCCCGUUUUACGAUCCUUCUUCUACAUAUCACGACAACCGAAUAGCCUCCUUUAAUCGCUCACAAUUGCGACGUCAAAUGUUCACCAAUAAUAACACACCAUUUCCUCUCAAAAGAUCCGUCCGGUCUCAUCUCAUUAGUUACGCGUUUGAGUUCCUUAUGAAGGUCAAUGUGGGAACGCCACCCGUCACCCUUUUCCUUAUAGCCGACACCGGUAGUGACCUUACUUGGGUAAAAUCCUUGCCUUGUACCAAAUGUUCCACUAAAGGUCGUUAUGUUACUUAUAACCCUAAAAUAUCCGGUUCAUAUCGACCGGUUAGUUGCAAGUCUUCGGCUUGUUUGUCUAGCUAUGCAGGCGGACGGAUUACUUGUGGAACAAACAACUCUUGCCCUUUUGAACUUUUGUAUGGAGAUUCAUCUCAAAGUGCAGGAGAACUCGGUUUUGAGACAAUGGGACUCGGAUCAAGUGUUUUACGCAAUAUCAUUUUCGGUUUAGCGCACACACUCAAUGGACUUUUUCCGGGGUCAGGGAUAGUUGGACUCGGAGCCGGCCCACUCUCUUUAGUCAGGCAAAUGGGAAACUCGAUCGGGGCUAAGUUCUCUUAUUGCUUAGGAAACGCGAAUAGUAUAGGAAAGAUCAGCUUCGGGGAUAAAUCAAUCCCAACGGGUCCUAAUGUUGUUACAACCCCAAUGGUGUUUGUAGAACCGGACACAUAUUACUAUCUCACCAUAAAUUCAUUCACUAUCGGCACAAAUGGGAAAAAGAUCCAAUACGGUGUGGAUGGAGUAAAAGGUAACAUCAUAAUCGAUUCAGGUACAACCUUAACCAACUUGCCAAGUAAAUAUUGCGAUGAAAUAAAUAAAUCUUAUAUGGAACAAAUUAAGGCGGAGAAAGUUAAGGAUCCAACAGGAACAUUGGACUUUUGUUAUAAGACUAACAAUGUCGAUACAUUCCCACCUAUGACUAUCCACUUAGAUGGAGGUGUCGAGUUGGUGGUACCGCCGACAAACAUGUUUGUCGCUAUUGUUGAAGGCGUGUGGUGCCUAACGAUACUUCCUAUUGAGGAAGGUGGCGUUAGCGUUUAUGGAAAUCUAUGGCAAGAAACUAUGGUUGUUGGUUAUGAUCUUGUGAAGAAACAAAUGCAUUUCAAGCCAGGAGGAUGUCCUAAGUAUUAG